AUAAUGGUUAUCUCCUGCAACCAGUAGUCGACAUGAAAUCUUUGAUCAAUGGACGUUCUCUAACCUGUGAAUUGUGAUACCGCAUCUCAUCGAUGUUCACCAUCUACCGAAAAUGGUACUUCCACCAUUCAUCCUUCUUCUUCGGCUCAUCGUAUUCCACUUCUGGAUUUCCUCAUCCUCCGUCGCUUCCCUCACAUUCCAGAAACCAACCUUCGAUCCAAACGACGCCACAAUAACCUGCGAGGGAGGCGCCGCGGCCGCUUCCGGCGUCCUCAAACUGACCAACGCCCACCACAAAAACGAAGUCAGCCGGGUAACCUACGCCGACAAAAUCCCACUCUGGGAUUCCGCCACCGGAAACCUUUCCGACUUCCGCACCCGCUUCUCCUUCUCCAUCGCCGCCAAACCCGGCACACAGCAGCUCCCCUGCGGAAUCUCCUUCUUCCUCGCCCCCUUCGGCUUCCCCGUCCCUACCAACUCCGCCGGCGGCUACAUGGGUCUCUACAACUUCACCUACCGGACCUAUUCCCCGGCGAACAAAGUCGUCAAUGUCGAAUUCGACUCCUUCGUGAAUGCAGUUUGGGAUCCUCCGUUCCGCCACGUUGGGAUCAACAACAACUCUAUUUCCUCCGCGGUAUUUGCUCCCUGGGAGGUCGAUUCGCUCUCUGCGAACCCAAUCGUCGUGGAAAUCAACUACACGGCCAGCACCCACAAUCUCUCUGUGUCUUGGAAUUACGCCUCUGUUCUAGACCAGAGUUCGAGCCUCUCCUACGGAAUCGAUCUGCGGGAAGUUCUGCCGGAAUGGGUCGCCGUUGGGUUUACUGCUACCACAAAUCAAUUCCCAGGGGAUCAGGAGCUUUUGUGGUGGGAUUUCAGCUCCACUCUGGAAAUCAACGAAAAGGAUGGGGCAAAUGUCGAAAGGAAAGUGCUUCUGGUUCUUCUUGCUGUGCCAUUAGGGUUUGCCGUAGCAGCAAAAGUGAUUGCGGACGGAGUCGGUCGGAGCCGGAAGAAGAAGGAAACGAUUGAAGGAGUGAGUUUGUUAUCCAUCAAUGUCGAAUUCUCCAAAGGCGCAGGUCCCAGGUGGGUUCCCUACAACGAUCUCGUCUCGGCCACGAACAACUUCUCAAUCGACAGGAAAUUGGGGGAAGGAGGGUUUGGAGGGGUUUACCGAGGGUUUCUCAAGGAUCUGGAUAUCCCAGUUGCCGUGAAGAAAUUCUCCAGGCGUUCUGCACAAGGGAUCCAGGAGUACAUAACUGAAGUGAAGGUGAUCAGCAGGUUAAGGCACAGAAAUCUGGUGAAACUCAUAGGCUGGUGCCACGAGAGAGGCGAAUUCUUGCUUGUUUACGAGUUUAUGCCAGAGGGCAGUCUCGAUUCACACCUCUUUGCAAACUGUAUCAGCACCGGGAGCCAUCCUCUUCGAUGGCCCGAAAGGUACAGAGUAGCUCUGGGCUUGGCUUCUGCUUUGCUCUACCUUCAUGAAGAAUGGGAGCAAUGCGUGGUUCACCGCGACAUCAAAGCAGCUAAUGUUAUGCUCGAUUCCGGAUUCAACGUCAAGCUUGGGGAUUUCGGGCUGGCUCGACUGGUUGAUCAUGAGCUGGGACCUCAAACGACGAGGCUAGCUGGAACCAUUGGGUACAUGUCUCCGGAGUAUAUCAGCAAUGGAAGAGCUAGCAAGGAAUCGGAUGUGUAUAGCUUUGGGGUGGUGUGUUUGGAGAUUGCCACGGGAAGGAGAGUUGUCGAUUACAUCGAGGACGGCCUGGAGAUGGGUUUGGUUGAAUGGGUUUGGGAACUGUAUGGGAAUGGGAAUCACAGUGUCACCAUUGACGGGAGGCUCGUGGAAUUCGACGAAAGAGAAGUGGAAUGCUUGAUGGUGGUGGGUUUGUGGUGUGCUCAUCCUGAUUCAUCCCAGAGAGCGUCGAUCAGACAGGCGAUUCAGGUUCUCAACUUCGAAGCACCGUUUCCAAGUCUUCCAGAGAAGAGGCCGUUCCCAGUGUUUCAUGUGCAUACGGCCUCGUCAAGUAGUGAAGAGUCUGACCAACCUUUGUUAUCAUAUUCGACUAUUGAAUUGGAUAGCAGGUGAUGAUUGAAGGCAACUGUCAUAUAUGUCUCCAAGUUACUCGGGUUACACUUCUAGA